AUGGGAAGCUAUUGUUGUGCUUAGGAAGUAAUGAAACUCAAAUUGAGACCAGACCCAUAGAUUUCAACUCAACGGAUAAGAAAUAUUCGUGUCAAGCUGCAAGUAAUUUAUUUUCAAAUUUGUGCUUUUCCAGAAAAAAUAACAUUGCUGAAAGUCAGUCCGGAUCUAUUCAUACCCAUGAAACGCUAAGAUAUUUAUAGUGUUUAUUCGCUUGGGAAGGCUUUAGGAGAGGGGGCCUAUGGUCAAGUAUCGACAGUAACCAACAAAAGAACAGGAAUGAUCAGAGCCAUGAAAGCAAUAAGGAAAGAUAGUUUAUUUGAAGAGGAAGAAUAAAAAUUAUUUUAAGAAAUGAAUAUUUUAAAAGAUCUUGAUCAUCCGAAUAUAGUUAAGUUGUGUGAGUUGUUUUAGGAUGAAAAGUAUUAUUAUCUUGUGACUGAGUAUCUUUAAGGAGGGGAGCUUUUCGAUAGAAUCUAGAGGGCUAAAACCUUCAGUGAAAAGGAUGCAGCUCAUAUAAUGAGAUAGAUUCUGAGUGGUGUUGCUUAUUGUCACACCAAAAAGAUUGUUCAUAGGGAUUUGAAACCUGAGAAUAUUGUAUUUACAUCCAAAGAUGAAGAUGCACAACUCAAAAUUAUUGAUUUUGGCACUUCAAGAAGAUUCGAAUCAAAUAAAAAAAUGACCAAAAGAUUAGGAACUCCUUAUUAUAUUGCACCUGAAGUUCUCCUAAAAUAAUAUAAUGAGAAAUGUGAUGUGUGGUCAUGUGGAGUGAUCCUAUUUAUUCUAUUAGCAGGAUAUCCUCCAUUCUAUGGAAAAAAAGAACUAGACAUUUACCAAAAAAUAGUCAGAGCUCAAGUUUCAUUUCAUACUGCAGAAUGGUCUAGAGUUAGUGAACCUGCAAAGCAAUUGAUUUUAAAAAUGCUUAGUAAAAAUGUAGACGAAAGAAUCAGUGCCUAAGAUGCAUUAAACGAUCCAUGGAUGCAAGAGCACAACUAAACAAAUUUAGUUGAUCAACAGUUUUUAAAGAACCUUUCAUAAUUCAGUGCCAAAAGUAAAUUAAAAUAAUCGUUGCUUACAUUCAUGGCAUGUUAGAUGAUACAAUAAAAUGAGGUAGAAGAUAUUCAAAAGAAGUUUAAAGAACUAGAUUAAAAUGGAGAUGGAACUGUUUCUAAAGAAGAACUUGUUAUGGCAUUUUAAGAGAAACUCUUGAAUAAAGAUUACUUUGUAGAGUCAUUGGAGGAACAAAUGGAUAAGGUUAUUAAACAGAUAGACACCAAUUUAUCUGGUAAAAUUGACUACACAGAGUUCAUCAUUGUCUGUCUGUAACAACAAAGGAUGUUAACUGAAGAAAAGAUAAAACAAGCCUUUAAGAUUCUUGACAUGGAUGGAAACAAUUUCAUUUCCAAGGAUGAAUUUCAAUAGGUUAUGGAAGGAGUGGAUGAUAUAUUAUGGAAUGAGUUUUUGGAGGAGUGCGAUGAAGAUAAAGAUGGUAAAAUAUCGGAAGAAGAAUUUAUUCAAAUUAUUAUGAAUAAAAUCUGA